CAGUGGCGCAAUCUCGGCUCCCUGCGAGCUCCGCCUCCCGGCUUCACACCAUUCUCCUGCCUCAGCCUCCCGAGUAGCUGGGACUACAGGCGCCUGCCACCACGCCCGGCUAAUUUUUUGUAUUUUUAGUAGUGACGGGGUUUCACCGUGGUAUCGAUCUCCUGACCUCGCGAUCCACCCGCCUCGGCCUCCCAAAGUGCUGGGAUUACAAGCGUGAGCCACUGCGCCCGGCCCUAAAAACCAUUUUCUAUCCGCAAAACCAUAUCACAUCUAAGAAAUUGAACAUGAUAGAAUAAUGUUACCUAAUUUAUGGGCCUUGUUUAAAUUUCCCCAAUUGUCCACAUAGAUUUUUUUCCUUAAAAAAUAUAUAUAUAUUCCAUGAUCUAAGGUUCACACAUUGCGUUAAGUUGUCCGCCUCUUUAGUUUCAUUUAGCUAAAACGGUUCCUUCCUUGUUUGAGUUUUUUAAGAUGGACAUUUUGGAAGAGUCCAUGUGAGUUGUUUUAUAGACUGUUUUACAAUCUAGGUUCAUUAGUUUGUCUUCAUGAUUAGAUUCAGAUUAAACAUUUUUGGUCAGAACGCUACCUACCUAGGUGAUGUCCACUCACCAGUACAUCACAUCAAGAGACACUGAAUGUCAGCCCGGCUCGGUGGCUCACACUUGUAAUCCCAGCACUUUGGGAGGCUGAGGCAGGCGUAUCACCUGAAGUCAGGAGUUCAAGACCAGCCUGGCCAACAUGGCAAAACCUUGUCUCUACUAAAAAGUCAGGCACAGUGGUGUGUGCCUGUAAUCCCAUCUACUGGGGAGGCCGAGGCACGAGAAUCUCUUGAACCCAGGAGGCAGAGGUUGCAGUGACCCAGGAUUGCGCCACUGCACUUCAGCCUGGGUGACAGAGGGAGGCUUCUUCUCAACAAAAAAAGAGACAUUGAAUGUCAAUUUGUAUCCUCAUUGAUACUACUAAGUUUGAUCAUUUGGUGAAGAUGGUGUCUAUGAAAACUCUACUGUAAGGGUACCUGCUUCCUCUCUUAAUUAAACGUCAUAUGUAGGGUCAUAAGUUGGAACUGAAUAGUCUGUUGAGUCUCUGGCUUUUAGUUCCCUUUCGUUAAGAAAAGAUUGAGAUAAGUGGAUUUGGGAUAGGUUUAAUACAUCACAGUAGAUAAUCUGUAGCCAUGUGAAUUGUUUUACUUUCAGAACUUUUUUCUGAAAAUAUUAAACUUCAGUAUGUUCUUGAGUUUAUGAUUACUGUUAUGGGUAUGUAACCUGGGGUGUCGAUUACCGGAGAUCGUUUAUUCAGUAAGUACAUUUGGCCAAGUGCAAACUCUGGUCUGGUGGUAUGAGCAGGUAUGAGGCAUAGCCCUUGACCCCAAGUAGAUCAGAAUUUGGUAGUAAACACAUAACCUCCCUGCUGUGUCUCGUCUUUAGCAGGAAUAAUGGGUAUAAUAAAUACAUGAAGUUAUAUUCUAUUUGAGACACCAAAGUCUGCUUAACAGGAGUUGCAUUCAUUGUCCUGAAUCUGUUGUAUUGCUAUUUUGGCCCCACAGAAAAUGUUACUUACAGUUUAUGCGAACUCAUUAUGGCAGAAUCAUUGUUCUGAAGUAUUUUGACAUAUUUAUGUAUACGAGGAAGUACUGAAUUGAUUUUUUCUUUAUUACCUGUAUUUGCGGUUUAGCCAUUUACCUAAGAAGGGUUAGGUAGACAUCUAAAUGACUAAAUUGCCCGGUUGCGGUGGCUCACACCUGUAAUCCCAGCACUUUGGGAGGCUGAAGCAGGCGGAUCAUCUGAGGUCAGGAGUUCGAGACUAGCCUGGCCAACAUGGUGACACCCCAUCUGUACUAAAAAUACAAAAAUUUGCGGGGCAUGGUGGUGCAUGCCUGUAAUUCCAGCUACUCGGGAGGCUGAGGCAAGAGAAUUGCUUGAACCUGGGAGGGAGAGGUUGCAGUGAGCUGACAUCAUGCCACUGCACUCCAGCCUGGGCCACAGAGCGAGACUGUCUCAAAAAUAAAUAAAUAAAUAUAAGUAAAUUGCUAAACUGCAAAUGCAGGUUAAAAUUUUUUCCUUUGUUGUUGCCAUUUUUAAACUCAAAACCAAGAAACUGAGAUCUUCAUCUUGUAUCAAGAAUGACAUUCAUCUUCGGAAGAUACAGAUUUCACUAAAUCAGUGUCAAAUUAGAUCUAGUGAUAAUUAAAAAAGGAAAAACCCACUAAUGUUUUUGUGUCGUCCUUGCAGGAAUCAAAACUGGUCACACUUGGACCAGUCAUUUAUUCAUUCACUCAAAAAAUACUUGCUCAGUGUUGAUUGUGUGCCUGUUGUUUUCUAGGCACCAAGUCAAGAUGCCAUAGUAACAAAACAAAGCCCCUUCCCACGUGGAACUUUCAUUCCAAUAGGGAGAGAGAAAACAAACAAAACAGCUGGUGGUGAGGGGCCUAGGAAGGGGCAGGGCCUGUAUGGUGGGGGUGGAAUGCUGUUUGCUGUAAAGUGAUGGGGCCACCCUGGAUGGUGAUGAUAUUGGAGUCAAAAUCUGAAGAAAAGAUGUGGUAUGGUGUGUUCCUGUGGGCACUAGUGUCUUCUCUCUUCUUUCAUGUCCCUGCUGGAUUACUGGCCCUCUUCACCCUCAGACAUCACAAAUAUGGUAGGUUCAUGUCUGUAAGCAUCCUGUUGAUGGGCAUCGUGGGACCAAUUACUGCUGGAAUCUUGACAAGUGCAGCUAUUGCUGGAGUUUACCGAGCAGCAGGGAAGGAAAUGAUACCAUUUGAAGCCCUCACUUUGGGCACUGGACAGACGUUUUGCAUCGUGGUGGUCUCCUUUUUACGGAUUUUAGCUACUCUAUAGCAUACAUCUUUAUGCUGAGAUGUUGAACUUAAACUUUAUGGAAUCCUCCAAAAGAAUACAUUAUGGAGUGUAGUGUUUUCUUAGUUCUACAAAGGGAAGCAACUUGGAUGAACAGGAACGUGAAGGACAACACAUCUCAGCCUUUUCUUCAUUUUGAAGCUCCUAGAAUUGAAGACUUCUGUGGACUCAUCGUUCUCAACCAAAACAAGUCUUUUGGCUUUCUUUUUUGUAGAUAUUUAAUUUAAGCAGUUUUCACGUGUACCUUUACCCAAGCCAAGUCAACAGUGUCUCUGGGGUGGCAUCCUUUGCACUGAAAUUUACAGUAUUCUGUGAGAUGUUGCAUAUUUUGAAGAAACCAUGGAAGAUACUGGUUUAUUUCAAAUGAGCAGAGUAUGUUGUAUUAAAAUCUUAUCUAAUCUUGAUUAAAAUUUGGCAAACUCUUUUCUUUGCUACAUCUUAGUGACAAUAAAUGCCAGAUAGGUUUUGGUUGAGUAUAGUUUUGAAAACAAAGUUGGUGAAAUAAAGCAGGAAAAAAAAUUUAAGUAUAACUCAAGUAGUGGCUUUGGUUCCACUGUUUAUAAAGAAAAAGUAGGUAACAAUGAAUAAUGUGACAUUUUCUGGACAACUGUCUUGACCUCUGAUUAAGAUAUUUUAAGAGAUGUGAAUUUGUUAUUUUGUAUGUUUUAUCAAAAUAAGCUAGCUAAUUUAGACUUUUUAGAUUUUCUGUACCACCUUUCCCUAUCACUUUUAAUUCUCUUAAUUUUAUUUCAUUUAAUUGGAAACAUACAUACCCUAUUAAAUGACUUGAGUUGGAAAUUUCAAGCCAGAUUGGUUUGGACAUUGAGGCACACAUAAGAUACUUUAAGCAUUCUGUCAUAGUUUUUCUUAGUGACUUUGGUAUACUAAUGACCCUUGAGAAACUAUAGAAGUGCAUCUGAAACUAGAGUUAGUGGUUAUUGCUUUUUUAGCUUAAUGUGUUUACCUAGUGGUGACUCUUCAGCCCACUUUUACAGUAUUGGGUAUCAACUCCCAGAAAGUGCCUAAAGUUUAAUGUUCAGAUAUGUACCCACUCUCUUUACAUUUUUAUUCAAAAGAAUUUAUAUCUUUAAAGAGAUUUAAAUAUAAAGAGUUUUUUUUAAACUUAAUUUUAGCUAUUUAAAUUUUUAUUCUACUGCCCAACUUUCUUUUUCAUUAAAAGGCCUGAAAACUGUGACUUUUUGAAAGGGAAAGAAUCGCAGAAAUUAAGUAUCUAAUGUGAUCCUUUCCACCUAAACUGUUUUGUAUGGAAUACAAUCAGUGUGGUGGUAGUGGUGGUGGUUAUCUGCAAAAUACUUUCUGGUGAUUAAAUCUGACUUUUUUUUUUUUUUUUUUUUUUUUUUAAAUGAGACGGAGUCUCACUCUCUUGCCCAGGCUAGAGUGCAGUGGUGCAAUCUCAGCUGACUCCAACCUCUGCCACCCAGGUUCAAGCAAUUCUCCUGCCUCAAUCCCCUGAGUAGCUGGGAUUACAGGCAUCUGCCACCGUGCCCGGCUAAUUUUGGUAUUGGCCAGGCUGGUCUAUGAACUCCUGACCUCGUGAUUCACCCGCCUCAGCCUCCCAAAGUGCUGGGAUUACAGGCGUGAGCCACCGCGCCUGGCCAUGUCUGACAUCUUUAAAGGAAAGUUUUCAUUGUGAGAUUAAGGCUUAACAGCCCAUGAGGUCAUAUGCACAUGAACGUUAUCUAUUCCAUUUAAAGCAAUACGCACUCUGGCUUCUUUUUUUUUUUUUUGAGACGGAGUCUCGCUCUGUCGCCCGGGGUGGAGUGCAGUGGCGCAAUCUCGGCUCACUGCAAGCUCCGCCUGCUGGGUUCACGCCAUUCUCCUGCCUCAGCCUCUCUGAGUAGCUGGGACUACAGGCGCCCGCCACCACGCCCGGCUAAUUUUUUGUAUUUUUUAGUAGAGACGGGGUUUCACCGUGGUCUCGAUCUCCUGACCUUGUGAUCCACCCGCCUCGGCCUCCCAAAGUGCUGGGAUUACAAGCGUGAGCCACCGCGCCCGGCCUAUCUGGCUUCUGAUUAAAAAUAGCCAGGAGGAGAGUCUCCGAAUCUACUGUGAUUCUGGAGUCUGCCCAAUUUGAAAAAAAAAAAAAAGAGAAAGAAAAAAAAGUCAGGAGGACUAAUUUGCCAGGGAAACUCAUAGAAAAGAAUUACAAAGAGAUUACAAAAAUUGGACAUAUUCUUUUGACUAAUUAGACCACUUAUGGCUGGGCGCAGUGGCUCACACCUAUAAUCCCAGCACUUUGGGAGGUCGAUGUGGGAGGAUUGCUUGAGCCCAAGAGUUCAAGACUGGCCUGGGCAACAUAGUGAGACCUCGUCUCUACUACAAAAUAAAAAAAAAUUAGCUGGGCGUGGCCCCAACUACUCAAGAGCCUAAAGUGGGAGAAUCACUUGUGCCUGGGAGGUUCAGGCUGCUGUGAGCCGAGAUCACGCCACUGAACUCCAGCUUAGGCCACAGGGCAAGACCUUGUCUUAAUAUUAUUAAUUUUGGUAAUUAACUUAUCAAAACUAUAGUGACAUAUACACAGGCAGAAACUUAUAAGUAGAGUUGUAAUGCAGUCAAAUAUUCUUACAAAUGCCCUAACAAGAAGCUCAGAUCUUUCUUACAGGCAAAUUGUAAAAAUUCUAGUUUUUUGUUUAAAGAGCUGUGAUUUUCAAAAGUAUCCCUUCAGUUUAAGAAAUCUGGGGAAUUGGUAACUUUUGUUUUUUUUUUUUUUUUUGAGACAGAGUCUCGCUGUCGCCCAGGCUGGAGUGCAGUGGCGCAAUCUCGGCUCACUGCAGGCUCCGCCCCCCAGGAUUCACGCCAUUCUCCUGCCUCAGCCUCCCGAGUAGCUGGGACUACAGGCGCCCGCCAUCUCGCCCGGCUAAUUUUUUGUAUUUUUAGUAGAGACGGGGUUUCACUGUUUAGACAGGAUGGCCUUGAUCUCCUGAGCUCGUGGUCUGCCCGCCUCGGCCUCCCAAAGUGCUGGGAUUACAAGCGUGAGCCACCGCGCCGGGCCAGGUAACUUUUCUUAUGGGAAAUGAUUGCCAUCAUCUCUACUGAAGGAUGCCUCUUACUGAAAAAUGUCUUUUGAAGGAGUUCUCGCCUAAAGCAUUCUUUGGAUAUAAUUUCAUACACUAAACAUAUGGGCCAGUAGUUAGUGGGCCCCUCCUCUUACAUACUAACUUUUGAAGUACUGAUACAUGAUUAAAAUGUUAGAUAUUUUUCACUGGAGCUAAGACAUAAAAUUAGGGCAUUUUGAAAGGUGUAUUUGUUUCUCUUGUUUGAUAUACUUUGAUUAUCUACUCUUUUUAAAAACUUCACAUAUAAAAGGUAUCUUCAAAUUACCGAGUGUUUCAUGCAUCCUAGUAGGUGAAGUAUUCUCCAGUGAAUAAAUAUAUAUAUAUAGACUUUAAAUAGCUUGAGCACUGUAGCUUGAAAUGUUUUCAGGGAAAGACUAUUUGAAUCAUAAGGAAUAGCUUUGAUUUUCUUUUUUAUGUCUCAAAUAUAGAAUUAUUUGGGGGUGGUCACUCAGAUGGAAGAAUAUUGGCAAUUGUGUUGAACAUUUUACCUUACAUAGUUUUGAGAAUUUUUGCCAAAAACUGAUUUCUUAGAAAUAUCCUUCCCCAGCUAUGCUUUGCUUUUUUUGUUUUUUUGUUUUGAGAUGGAGUCUUGCUUUGUUGCCCAGGCUGGAGUGCAGUGGCGUGAUCUCGGCUUACUGCAAGCUUCACCUCCCGGGUUCACGCCAUUCUCCUGCCUCAGCCUCCCAAGUAGCUGGGACUACAGGCGUCCGCCACUAUGCCCAGCUAAUUUUUUGUAUUUUUAGUAGAGGCGGGGUUUCACCGUGUUAGCCAGGAUGGUCUCGAUCUCCUGACCUUGUGAUCCGCCCGCCUCCACCUCCCAAAGUGCUGGGAUUACAGGCAUGAGCCACCACGCCCGGCCUAUGCUUUGUUUUUAAAAAAAAAAAAAAAAAAGUGCAAGAGAGGGAGGGAGGCAGCCUCCUGACCAUAAAAGCUGAUUUCUUGAUUUUUUUUUUUUUUUUUUUUGAAAUGGAGUCUUGCUCUGUCUCCAAGGCUGGAGUGCAGUGGCGUGGUCUCGGCUCACUGCAGCCUCCGUUUCGUGGGUUCAAGUGAUUCUCCUGCCUUGGCCGCUGAGUAACUAGUAUUACUGGCACCUGCCACAAGGCCCAGCUAAUUUCUGUAUUUUUAGUAGAGACAGGGUUUCAUCAUGUUGAACAGGCUGGUCUCAAACUCCUGACUUCAAGUGAUCCACCCGCCUCGGCCUCCCAACAUGAUGGGACUACAGACAUGAGCCAUCGUGCUUGGCCUUCUUGAUUCUUGAAUAUGGGGUUUUGAGGUGAAAGCAUUUCAUGAAAACUUAAGUUCAUAGACAAGAGCAUCAUGAAUAUCCUAAAAGAGGUGUCUGUGCUUUUUUUUUCUGGCCAAAAAUAUUACUUCUUAUGAAAUGUUUACACUAGGUGAGGAAAAGUUCAUUAAUUACCUUUAAACCGUUCCUUAUUUUUUUAAGAUUUUAAAUUGUAUUUUGGCUUUUGCCUCCAGUAUCCUUUCUGGUUGCUCCAGUUUGAAUUAAGUUCCUAUUAUGCUGCAGCACACAUCAGCCUUCCCUAAGUAACCAUUUCCUGGAAUGUGAAGCAUCGGUGCCAUUGGCAGACCGUAUGCAGAAAUGUCGUGUACUUGCAUUUCUUUUUUGUGCACUCUGUAAGGCUGGUUGUGACUAAAAUCAGCUUAACUUUUUAUAUUAUGUUAUUUCACUAACUGCUACAGUCAAAAUGAUCAAAUCUUUGUACAAUAGAAAAUUAUUUAAAUUUUAUUUUUCUACUGACAUUUCUAAUUCUAGUGUAAAUGUUUAUCAAUAAAAAAUUACUUUCAAUUCUGA